AUGCCGUCCCUCACGGAUGAUGCAUUUGAUAUGCCACUGGCGAAGAGGCAGAAAAGGAUUUUAGACCAAGAUGUUCGAACAGGGCCACCAACGGUUGGGUCCAAAGUUUUCUCUCCGUUUCGAGUACUGUCUCCUACAACUGUUCCCUUUACGUCUGUUCGUUUAGGCAAAGCAACCUACCAGAUCACGACAUCGGUCGGACGUUCAGUGCAGACCUAUGAUUUACGGCGAGGGCUAAAUCUUGUGUUCAUCAGUAGACCUCAAACUCCAGAUACCAUUACGGCUACAUUCGCAUGGCAGGACAAGGUUUUUGUGGCAUGGGGGCAUCUCCGACCCGGUUCAUCUGGCGGCAUCUGGGUUUACAAGCGUGGCAAGAAGAUUGCAUCCCUCGAAGCCUCCAAGGAUGCCACUGAGCCCAUUGUACGGCUCCUUGUUUUUGGGUCGUGGGUCGUGGGAUGCGGCAGCGAACGCAUACAGGUGUGGAAAAACACCACAUAUCAAUAUUACACAGCUUUAGUUCCUCCGCGCACUAAGGACUCAUCUGGGCAACAAAUAUACACAGGUCAGGUGUGUACUAUGCCAACUUAUCUUAACAAGGUUUUUGUUGGACGGUAUGAUGGAGGUAUCGAUAUCUGGAACGUGAAAACAGGGAAGAUAAUUUACACAAUACUUCCAUCAUUUUCAAGAGCCGGCGCUGUGACUGUGCUCCAACCAACUCCUGUAUUAUCCUUAAUUGCAGUCGCCUACAAGAGUGGUGCAUUAUGUAUUCGCAAUGUCGAAACUGACCAGGUCGCAUUGUCCUUGCGAAUGGGCUCAUCGGAUGCGCCAAGGAUAACCUCGAUAUCGUUCCGGACAGAUGGCCUAGGCGCGGGCGAAGAUGGUCGAAGAUCAGGUGUCAUGGCAACGGCUUGCAUAGACAGUGGAGAUAUCACAAUGUGGGAUUUGAACAACGGCGGUAGAGUUGUGGGGAUGCUUCGAGGCGCACAUCGAGUUACUGAGGGGGGGAAGGGAUUGGGGGUAAAUCAUAUUGAAUUUUUGGAUGGGCAGCCAGUAAUGGUCUCAUCUGGGAAGGAUAACGCCCUCAAGACAUGGAUUUUUGACGAGCUACCCUUUUCGCCUAUCCCCAGACCACUCCACUCCAGAAGCGGUCACUCUGCUGCAGUUACUACCCUCGAGUUCUUACCUGCCGCUUCGGACGGUUCUGAAUUCGGCGGUAAGUGGUUGCUGAGUGCAAGCAAGGAUUGCAGUCUCUGGGGUUUCAGUAUGCGAAAGGAUAGCCAAAAUACCGAGAUAUCUCAAGGAGCUGUGGAACGCAAAGCAAAGAAGCUUAUUGGUUCGAAAACGGUGCCGGGGGCACAAGAACUCAAAGCGCCGGAGGUAACUUGCAUCGCUUGCUCUCUUAAUCGCGAUGGAGGAAUGGGUGUUACAACUUCCGGUCCAAUCUGGGCAAAUCCAAAAUCAAUCAAUACGGAUGCUUCAAACAAGACAGGCUGGGAGAGUGUUCUGACAGGGCAUCGUGGAGAUAAAUUCGCCCGAACUUGGUUUUGGGGUAAGAAGAAGGCUGGGCGCUGGGCAUUUGAAACGGGAGAUAAAAUGGAGGUUAAGAGUGUCGCUAUCUCACAGUGUGGGACUUUUGCAUUGGUUGGGUCAGCAGGAGGUAGCAUCGAUAUGUUUAACAUGCAAUCUGGUUUAUACCAACAGAGUUUUCCUAGUCGUGGCAGAGGCAACGGUGCAAAGCAUAGCAAAGCAGUUACCGGGGUAGCUAUUGAUGGAUUGAACCAAACAAUCAUCAGUUGUGGGCUUGAUGGGAAAGUGAAGUUUUGGGACUUUACCUCGGGAUCACUUACUGAUGAGCUCGACUGGUAUCCGAUGACAUCUAUCACUGGACUUCGAUACAACAGCACGAACGAACUCGUCGCAUUUAGCUGCGACGACCUUUCAAUACGUAUCGUUGACAUAGAGACGAGAAAGGUCGUUCGUGAAUUCUGGGGUUGUGUAGGUCAAAUCAACGAUUUUACAUUUUCCUCUGAUGGGCAAUGGAUUAUUGCCGCUUCGAUGGAUUCUAUCAUUCGGGUAUGGGACUUGCCGACAGGACAUCUCAUCGACCUCUUCCGUGUCCCCAGCACAUGCACUGCCUUGGCUAUGUCAUCCACGGGCGAAUUUUUAGCCACCGCCCAUGCAGAUGGACUAGGUGUCAGUCUCUGGUCCAACAGGAGUUUAUUUGUACCUGUAUCAACCCGGAAUUUGGAUGAAGCCGACGUCGUAGACGUCGGAGUUCCUACUAUUUCCGGCGAGACUGGGGUGGGGGCUAUUGAAGCUGCAUUCUUAGAUGACGAUCAACCAAGUGAUGCCGAAGGGCCCAUGUUAUCCACAGAACAGCUCAGUCGUGAUAUGGUCACACUCAGCGUCAUCCCCAAGAGCAAGUGGCAGACCAUGCUUCAUUUGGACCUAAUUAAGGAACGCAAUAAACCAAAAGACCCUCCAAAAGCCCCGGAGAAGGCACCGUUUUUUCUGCCAACGGCUGCCGAGAAAGGUAAUCCUGAUGAGAAUCUCGAUCCUAGUCUCCUAGCUGAUAUUACAAUCACCGAACGCUCGCGUGUCGCCAAGAUGCAGCAUUCUAUGAAUGCUGGUAUCGCAGGCUCCCGGUUCGCUACACUCUUACGGUCCGGCCGGGAUACAGGGAACUUUCAACCCUUCAUCGAGUACUUCAAAUCUAUGUCUCCGGCAAAGGCCGAUUUAGAGAUCAGGUCAUUGGAUCCUCGGAUACACGAGGGCCACUCUGAACUGUCAGACUUUGUUCUCGCCUUGUCUACCCGUCUCCGCUCAAAAUUGGACUUCGAACUUGUCAACGCCUGGAUGGCGAUGUUCUUGAAAAUCCACACUGAUGUUGUGAUGAAAUGCUCAGAGUCCGGGGAGAAUGAAGCGUUGAGGGAGGCAUUGGCCAGCUGGAGUAAGGCACAACAACGGGAAGGGCAGCGCCUGGCUGAGUUGGUUGGGUAUUGCCGUGGUGUUGUAGGAUUUCUUCGGUCUUCACGCUAG